AUGGCCGCCCUCAUCAACACAGACGACGAGAUGGCCCCCUCGUUGCAGAACAUCCUCGACCAAAAGUCGCUCCGCUGGAUCUUUGUCGGCGGCAAGGGUGGUGUCGGAAAGACCACCACCUCUUGUUCCCUGGCCAUCCAACUCGCAAAGCACCGCAAGAACGUCCUCCUCAUCUCGACCGACCCCGCUCACAACUUGUCCGAUGCCUUCAACCAGAAGUUCGGAAAGGACGCCCGUCUGGUCAAUGGCUUCGACAACCUGAGCGCCAUGGAGAUCGAUCCCAAUGGUUCCAUCACUGACAUGCUCAAUGCUGGUGGUGAGGAGACUCAGGAGGCCAUGUCUGGUCUCGGUGGCAUGGGAAACAUGAUGCAGGACCUUGCUUUCAGCAUCCCUGGUGUUGACGAAGCCAUGUCUUUCGCCGAAGUCCUCAAGCAAGUCAAGUCGCUCAGCUACGAGUGCAUCAUUUUCGAUACCGCACCCACCGGCCACACCCUCCGUUUCCUACAAUUCCCCACCGUCAUGGAGAAGGCCCUCGGCAAGAUCUCCCAACUCUCCGGUCAAUUCGGUCCCAUGCUCAACGGCAUCCUCGGCGCCCGCGGCGGCCUGCCCCAAGGCCAAAGCCUCGACGACAUUAUCAAGAAGAUGGAGGAUCUGCGCGCUACCAUCAGCGAGGUCAACACCCAAUUCAAGAAUGCAGACCUGACUACCUUUGUCUGUGUAUGCAUUCCUGAGUUCUUGUCACUGUACGAGACGGAGAGAAUGAUCCAGGAGUUGAACAGCUACGAGAUCGACACACACGCUAUUGUUGUCAACCAGCUGUUGUUCCCCAAGGAAGACAACCCUUGCGAACAGUGUAAUGCGAGAAGAAAGAUGCAGAAGAAGUACCUUGAGCAAAUUGAGGAUCUGUACGAUGAGUUCAACGUCGUCAAGAUGCCUCUGCUCGUCGAGGAGGUUAGAGGAAAGGAGAAGCUUGAGAAGUUCAGCGAGAUGCUUGUUACGCCUUUCCAGCCCCCUCAAUAG